CUUCUCAAUCGUUUGUAGUAAGAAAUAAUUUAUUUUUUACCAACAAAAGAAAUAAAUCAAGUAUACCCUAUACAUUUACAAAAUUAUAUCUGGUAACCAUGCAUGAUUAUUGUUUGUCUUUUAUAUGCUAACAGUCUGGACAAGCGAUCUGACACAAGAAACAAAAUAGUAAAAAAUGUAAGUUGACCUUGGCACUAAUGUCUAGGCAACAUGAUUCUGUCACUGAUUAUCUACAUACUUUCAUUUUUUUCUCAUUUAUUCUAACUAUUCUUCCGACCUUGUUUACUUAAUCAAAUUUAACCAUUUUAUGUAUACAUAAAACUUCAUCCUUCAAGAAGGGAUUCCACUUUUUCAUUAGACGAAUUACAAAUCUUUAAGGUUAAAGAUCUAGGGCACUUUUGAUACCUCAAAUUUUUAUCAAGGUUGCUAUAUAUUUUGAAGCUAUUUACUUGAAAAUGACUUCAACGAAGUGUAUAGCUCCACAAUAAUUGAGUGAGCCAUGAUUAUACAAAAGUGUAAGAACAAACCAGCUUUUACGAUAAUCUGUGAUUGCCAUAGUUACAAAUAAACACCAGUAAUUCAGUUAAGUUUUAUCAACCAUGGCACGAGAAUUGGAGAAAUUAAUUGAUUUUAAAAUGCUAGAAAGUGAUGCACAAAAGGCCUGCGAAGGUGAAAAACUUUAUUGGAUAAGAAAUGAUGCAAAAAUGAGAGCAGCAACCGGAAAACCCAUAGAAUACGAUGAGUUCAGGCAAAUCGUAGAUGCUGCUCAUCUGAAGCCUUUGGAGAAAAAAGAUGCGAUACGAUGUGGAGACAUGAAAACGGUUUGGAACCCUUUCUGCCAAAGAAAAGAAUCAUACAGAAAUUAAUCAUUCAGGAUUUAAUGAACAAGAUAUAUAUUUAAAAAAUGUAAAAUAUAUCAAUAAAAUUUAAAUUAAAUUAUUGUUGGACCGUUAUUCAGUUUCUUUCUACAACUAAUAAAACCUUCCAAACGACGUAAAACUGGGAGACGUUUGUAGAUCCAAAGAGGAUAUAUAUUUGCAUUUUU